UAUGGGUAGGACAGUGUCCCGCAUGUUCAAUCGUCACUAUUCAAUUACCAGACAAGUCCACCGAAACCAAUUUUUAGUAGUAGCAACCCACUUCCAAUAUCAGUGGAAGUAAAACACAGUAACGUAUAUACUCACUCACUCUCUCCUCUCUGAAAUACGGAGUACGAUAUAGUUAUAGUUUGGUUCUCUCUCUAUACGUAUCGGUUUCUCAGGGGACAUUUGUCGAACACUACAAUGGCAAGCAACAGAGACGAACCUCUCACAUUCAUGAACCCAUCAACAUCGUCCCCAGUCGCAUUCUCAGACGGAGACAGCUUCCUUCUCGACCCUGGUAGCAAUUCACAGAUUGGGAGCGCUUCUGGAAGCUUCCAGAACGAGGGUUUUCUCGGGGGCCUCGACGGCGGAAGCGACGCCGAGUUUGGGUUCUUGCGGCCUGAGUUUCGACAGGGCCCACUGGUGGGGACCGUAGAGUACUACGAUCGCCAUGUGUUUCUAUGCUAUAAGAACCCUCGGGUGUGGCCUCCCCGCAUCGAGGCUGCUGAGUUCGACCGGUUGCCGAGGCUUCUCUCAGCCGCUCUCGUGGCUAAAAAGGGUGAUAUGAAGAAACAGACACGAUUGACAAUAUGUGAGGGGCAUGAUGGGACUGAGACAUCAAAUGGAGAUGUAUUAAUCUUUCCAGACAUGAUCAGAUACAGGAGAUUGACACAUUUUGAUAUUGACACAUUUGUCGAAGAAGUGCUUGUGAAAGAUGGGGAAUGGCUGCCUGGAACUCCUGAAACACUGAAGGGCUCAUACGUUUUUGUAUGUUGUCAUGGGAGCAGAGAUCGAAGGUGUGGUGUUUGUGGACCUGCUCUGAUUACUAGAUUCAAGGAAGAGAUAGAAUCACGUGGUCUUCAAAGUAAAGUGUCUGUUAGUGCAUGCUCACACAUUGGGGGGCACAAGUAUGCAGGAAAUGUGAUCAUAUUCGGAUCAAAUAUAAAUGGAGAAGUCACUGGCCACUGGUAUGGCUAUGUUACCCCAGAUGAUGUAACUAUUUUGCUCGAGCAGCAUAUUGGGAAAGGAGAAAUUGUUGAUUGGAUGUGGAGGGGACAGAUGGGUUUAUCAGAAGAAGACCAGAGGAGAUCCCAGGAACUAAGGCUGCAACUUAAUGGUGACGCAUAUAUGGAAAGAAGUGCAGAAGAAUCGGCAGAGUCAAAUGACAUUGGUAAUGCAGUACAUGGAUCUCGAGUUGAAGAUAUGGCUUGUUGCCAGGAAAAUAGAAGCUCCUCUUGUUGUCAGAACCCUCUACCAGAAAAGAUUGGCAAUCCCGAUCUAAACGAGAUGGAGACAAAAUUGACAACUGAAAAGAAGAAGAGCAGCAAGAAACAAGUGUCUCGAAAUAAUAGUGGUAAAGGGGCUUGCCGCAAGGUGUGUGCAAUGCCAACAUGGUUUGAGAGCUGGGAGCGUGAAGAUACAUAUGCAGCUCUUGCUGUUAUUGGUGCUGCAUUCUCAGUUGCCCUAGCCUAUAGCUGCUACAAACAGUUGAGUUAAACAACCAAACUUGGAUGUGUCAAUCCCAUAGCAGGUAGAACGCUUUGUCCUAUUGUCUCCCAAGUUUACGAGAAACAUGCAAUGCAUCUACAGUUUCAAGAUCUUAUUUAAUUUUUGAGAGGAAAGGCGGUAAAUUGUCAGAUAUAUAUGUUUAUGAAUAUGGGUUUGUGUACUUCAAUUCUGUUUGUUUUCAAUGCAUGGCUUGAUGUCUAAAUCUGGAUUUUGUAAUAUAAGGAUAUUAUAGUCUCUAAAAUCUCAAAUGGAAUGUCGACAGUAUCUACACGUUGUAUGUUAUAGACUUGUUAGUACAUUGAUUUGUGUUAA